AAAAUCAAAAUCUGAUAAACUGAUUGUUUUAAUGUAUUUAAAUGUAUUUUCGUCAAAGAUUUUCACAAUUCUCUAACUCUUUGUACGAGUUAAUAGAGCGGAUAUUUCAUUUUGAAUCAAGCUGUACUGUUACGUUGGCAUUAUUUACAUGAAAUCAUGUCAGAGAAUAUAGAAUGAAACGUUUUACGGAGAAAGUGCAUCAUGAGCAACAAAAGGAAGCGGUUUGGGUAAUGCGCGAGAAGGAUGACGAACAAUCAGAACAAGUUGGAAAACGGAAAUCGGAUGAGGAACAGGAAGACGAUUCUCUUAAAACACCAAUUGUAUACUCAAGCCGUUAUGGAGUGCGAUUUUGCGGUAUGGAAAAAUUACAUCCAUUCGAUGCCGCUAAAGGAGCACACGUGUUAAAAUUUUUACUUAAAAAUGAAAUAUUUCGUCACGGACGUUUUUAUGAGCCUAGCGAGAUAACAAAGGCUGAGCUUCAAAAGGUGCAUACACGCAAAUAUUUACGCAGUUUGAAGUGGAGUGUGAAUGCAGCUAAAAUAUCGGAAAUUCCUUUGUUAUUUUUUGUACCUAACACGUUGGUACAGCGUGGUUAUUUGCGCCCCAUGCGCUUUCAAACAGCGGGAUCUAUUUUAGCCGGCAGCCUAGCACUUCGAUAUGGAUGGGCUAUAAAUUUGGGUGGGGGAUUUCAUCAUUGUUGUGCCUACAAAGGUGGUGGCUUCUGUCCCUAUGCAGAUAUUACUUUGCUUAUCAACAAAACAUUGGAGGAAGAGCCAAAUGUCGAGACAGCAAUGAUUGUGGACUUGGAUGCACAUCAGGGCAAUGGACACGAACGUGAUUUUUACGAGAAUGAAAAGGUAUUCAUUUUGGAUAUGUACAACGCCUCAAUAUAUCCGCGCGACCAUGAAGCCAAAUUGGCUAUAAGUUGUGCGGUGGAGCUGAAACCUCGCACAGCGGAUGAAACUUACCUGAAGAAAUUGAAAAGAUCAUUCAAAUACGCUUUGAGUGAGUUCCGUCCCGACUUAUUGGUGUAUAAUGCUGGUACGGAUAUACUUUUAGGCGAUCCUUUGGGACUUUUAUCUAUUACACCAGAAGGUGUUAUGGAACGUGAUCAAUUUGUGUUUGCUACAUGUCGUGAAGAACGUAUUCCAAUAGUAAUGUUGCUCAGUGGCGGUUAUUUGAAGUCAUCAGCUAAAGUUAUUGCGGAAUCGAUUGUCAAUCUUAAAACGAAAGGCUUGCUUGUCUACUAAAUUCUUCAUUUAAGUCUUGUAAUUUAAUAAAAUCUGAAACAAAAGAACUGAAAAUGUGACAUUGAGCAAUUGCAAUUUGUAGUGCUUCGUUGAAAUAGCAUUAACGCAAAUGAAAUAUAAUUAUGCUUAUGAAAAUAGGGUUUCUUUAAGUAAAUGGGUGUUAAAAAUGUCCUUAGUAAGAAAUUUAAUUGUACGUAUACAAUUCUAUAGAUUUGUGAAAUUAAAUAUACAAAGCUACAUAUAAUUCUAUCUAAAUUUGUGCUGUAAUAUUCAGAUUCUCUUAACAAAAUUUGGAAAAGUUAAUAAUAAAAAAUUUAAUAAAUAAAAAAAAGUCAAAUUAAACUUUGUAUUAUUAUUUUUUUUUUUAUUCUAUACACAUUACCAUUAUAAUUAUUGAAAAUGGUGUCUAAGUUAAAAGAAAAAGUUGAAAUAAUAAUAAAUAAGAAUUCAUAAGUAUACACGUAGGUACACAUCCCCUGCCAAAACAAUUCCCGGCGGUAACGGUAUUAUUAAAACACCAGAAGAGGUCGGUCGGUUCCAGUUCCUCCAGUAAGGCAACAACAACAACAGCGGCAGCUGGAACCAGAGUCUGAUCAGAAGGGGAAAGGAGAUAACUCGUCAAAUCAUACUAAGAAACCGUAGCAAAAUCCGACUUGGAGACGAAAAAGGGCCACGAUGCAGACCAUGCUCUAAGUACUCUUCUAGGUCUGAACUAGUGGACAGACUCUCAAAAUUAAUAUACCAUUUGUUUUAUCUGUGGAGGAAAAAUCCGAAAUCGAAGCGGUUCGUGAAUGUGGACUGUUAUACUUAGAAAAUCUUACUACUUAUUCCUGAAAAAGAAGGGCUCACUAAAGCGUAGAGAAAGUUUACAAAGAGCAUAAAGUAUAUGUAUCAGUGGAACUCUUAGAAUAACGCCUGCCUGUAUUUACUAUCUAUAGACCUAUUAUGUAAGCAAUAGGCAUCGAAAUCGGUAAGUUGCAAUAAGGGGCAUUCUAAUGUACUCUGCAAGUUCACGUUUCUACCAAAUAUAACGAACUUUUGUAAUCGUUUGGAAGUAAUUCUAAUUUCUGACCUGAACAUUGUCUUCACCUCUGGAGAUAGAGGGAAAAGUGUGAGGUGGACAAAUAUUCAAACUAUGCAAACGAGUGGGGGUAUUAUUUUUUUUAGAAAAAUUAGAUACCUGAAUUGUGUUCCGGCUACCGGAUCACAGCAAUAUCUUCCAAGCGGGGAUUACUGCAAUUAAUGAGUGCUUUCUCGUUCUGUCAAACAUACUGCUUACAACAAGAAAUAUAUUUAGAAUCACAAAUAGCCAAGCGGUAUAAAAAUUACUGAAUUACUCUUACGAACUUAUGGAAGAUAGUGAAAUUAUGCCUUAAGCUAUUAGUGGUACUAACAUUAUAUUUCACGAUAAACCUCCAAGAAUAUAGGAUAUCUACGGAAUAUAUAGAAUAUCUAUAGGAGAAUCUCGGUGAAAACCAUCCUUGACUUGACAUUGACAAACGUGGCAUGAAGGAAAUAAGAGCCACACAUGUCGACUAUUGAUAUUUUAAUACAAUAGAGGUAGUAAGAAUUCUACCUCUAUUGUAUUAGCAGGUCACUGUCUGUUUGGAAGAAACACCAACAUAAUGGGUAUGCCUUACAAUAAUUUCUGAAGAAGCUGCUAAGAAGUAGAUGAAGAUACUAUAUAUAGCACAUCUCCUAUGCCGAUAAAAGGAUUUGUACAGGGAAAUAAUCAACUAUUACAAAGAGCAUAACAGGCACAUCUAACCUAACCUAAGUUGAAAUUGACAAUUAGCGACAAUAUUGGAUCUUAAAUAGUAGAUAAUUCGUUUAAAAAAAAUCCAAGACACAAAGAAUAUUUCGUUCAGUUCAUAAAAAUUAGUUUGGCUUUAUUUUGUAUUCUCAUAAAUUAGCAGUUUACACAUAAUAUUAUUGUUCAUACUAGAAACACAUUGUAUGCGCGUGUUAAUGCAUUUCCAUGAUAAAACUCUUUUCGAACUGUUUAAAUGUUUAACUUUGUUUUAUAUUA